AUGGUUGGCAGCAGUGAGGCUAGCAGAGCCAGUAGAGCCAGCAGAAUCAGCAAACGCUCUCCGGCAAUCGACAGGAGCAAAAGAACACCUGAAGUUAGAAGAGAUGAAUGGUGGAAAGAAUCGCUGAGGCCAACACCAGUACCAGGUACUUACUCCAUAAGAGACUUUCUUCAAGAUGCCCUGCUGAAUCCAGUGGGGCCAACCUACAGUUUCAAAGGGGAAGGCAGAAAGAAAAUGCCCAUCUUCCAGCAGCGUCAUGACAGAACCCUCCCAGACGUGAAACCGUACUAUCCUCCAUCGCUUACGACACUACUAAAGAAAACGACUGAAACAUAUUCUUUUAAGAGCAUCCCAAGGCAAAGCCCAAUGCAUUUAAGCUAUAGAGAUAAGAAUGUAAACACAGACCCUGGGCAGUAUGACCUUUUUCCUCCGCCAGUACCCACUUUUCCAGUCAAGAAUUAUAUGUUUCGAUCUGGAGUACAAAGGUUUCCCAUUUUUGGCCCGAAAGAAGGUCCAGGCCCAGGUGAAUAUGAAAUAAAAGAAAAUCCACCUACACCUAUACGCUCAUGCUUCGUAUCAAAGGUCCCACGUCUGUUGCCAGCUCAUACUAAAAUACCUGGACCAGGAACAUACUGGCCUACAAAGCAGUCUCCCAAACAGCCUAGAACCAUUGCCAGUAUGGGUCGGGAGCACACAAUCUUCUUUAGUAAUAUUCGAGACAUUUAG